AUGCUGGGAAAUAACAAGCCCUUUUAUCCCAGUCAGGAUGGCAAAGAUGGGGAGGAUGAAGAGGAGGAAGAGGAACUGGCUGGAGAGAAAAGCGAGGAAGGUGGCUGUGACCCGGAGAAUGGAGGGCUGAAGGACGACAGGGAUAUGCUGAGAGGAAGGUCCUGGGACCUUAAAGGUGGAGAGGUGACCAAACCGGCCGCCAUAGUGGUCGGUAGACAGAGAGCUGACCGAGCACAGAGGCCUGGUAACCAGGGAAACCGAGGUUACACAUCCAGUCAGUUCCCUCAUCUGCCAACCAAUAAGCAUCUACCAAAUGUGUUCAACCAACACCACUCUGGGCUAAAUGCUGUGCUGAAAAGAAGGGCCCUAAUGGAGCGCAGCAUGACCUCAGUGGCCCCCACGGAGGACUCCUACCCCACCAUGAUGGUGUUUCGGAUUGGCAUCCCAGACAUCAAACAAACAAGGUGUCUCCAGUUUGACCAGGACUGCACCGUGUGGAACGCCAAACAGCAGAUCAUCUGCUCCCUCAGCGAGUCUCUGUGGGACGUCUACAACUAUGGCCUGUUCCAGCCGGCCGGAGAGGGGCGGGACGCACGCUUUCUGGAGGAGGAGCGCCCCCUCAGCCACUAUGCCCAGACCUUCGAGAAGGGGGUGCCCUACCUUGAGUUUCGGUACAAAACCAGAGUGUACAAACAGACCAAUCUGGAUGAAAAAGCUCUCGCCAAGCUCUCCACCAAGGCAAGUCUCAAGAAAUUCCUUGAUUACAUUCAAACUGGAGCAGUGGAGAAACUAGCAAAAGUCCUUGAAAAAGGGCUUGACCCAAAUUUCCAUGAUCCUGACAGCGGAGAGACGCCCCUCUCCGUGGCCAUGCAGGCUGGUCUGUCUGUGGAGGGGGUGAGAGUGCUGAUGCAGGGGGGCGCACACCUGGACUUUAGGACCAGAGAUGGACUGACUCCGGUGCAUAAGGCAGUCAGAGCUCACAAUCACACUGGACUCCUGGCUCUGCUGUCACUGGGCGCCUCUCCGGACUACAAGGAUCGCUGUGGCCUGACCCCGCUGUACCAUACUGUACUGACAGGGGGUGAUACUUCUUGCUGCGAGACCCUACUCUACUACAGGGCAAAACUGGGCACAAGGGAUGAGAACGGAUGGGACGAAUCACACCAGCACAGGGAUGAAGAGGAGUUUGGAAUGGAAGAAAUACAUAAGGCUUGUCAGAACGGCUUUGCCCAGCACUUGGAGCAUCUGCUGUUUUAUGGGGCAGACACCACUUCUCAAAAUGCCUCAGGGAACACAGCUCUUCACAUCUCAGCCCUCUACAAUAAGGAGAGCUGUGUGCGUGUUCUUCUGUACAGGGGAGCUAAUAAGGAGGCCAAAAACAAGCAUGGCCACACACCUUUUCAGUUGGCAGUUAUGUCCGGACACUUUGAACUCGGGGAGCUCAUCAAAAACCAUAAGGAUACAGAUGUAGUGCCAUUUCUGGAGUCACCUAAGUAUGUUCCCAAACGCAGAGAGAGCUCUCACACCCUCCCUCUGCCAGGACUACACAACCACCCCUUACUGCGAGCCAACAGUGACAACACUAUGACCCAGCCAGACCUUGCACAUCCAUUAAACAAGCCCACCAACAUUCCCACACCCGCACAGGGUCAGCGCAGAGCAUCAGUGAGCAUGAGGAGCUCCAGCAGUCCCAGGACCCGACAUAGGUCCCCAUCCCGAGGGAGAGGGGGGCAGAGUGAUACGGAGGAGAGGCACAGACAGCCACGGGGGAGACAGGGUGCGCCAUCAGCAGGCAGCGGGGGAGGCCAGGUGAAGCGUAUGUACAGCGCAGUACCAGGGCGUGUGUAUAUGGCUACCAAAUCCUACUCUGCCAGUGGAGACCGGGAGCUCUCAAUCAGCAAAGGGGACAAAGUUAAAGUGUUGAGUGUAGGUGAGGGCGGGUUCUGGGAGGGCACUGUGAAAGGUCGCACUGGAUGGUUUCCCUCGGACUGUGUGGAGGAAGUGGCAGCUCUCGGCAAGGACAAUCGAUCAGAGACACGCAGCGAGAAAGCAAAGAGGAAGCUUUUCCGUAAUGUCACUGUGGGAGCCUAUGAUGGCACCGAUGGGCCCAGUGACUACAUCAUUAAGGAGAAGACAGUGCUGCUACAGAAAAAAGACAAUGAGGGUUUUGGCUUUGUGCUGCGAGGUGCCAAGGCCCAGACUCCCAUAGAGGAGUUCACCCCCACGCCAGCCUUCCCCGCUCUUCAGUACCUGGAGUCUGUCGAUGAGGGGGGUGUGGCCUGGAGGGCCGGCCUCAGGAUGGGGGAUUUCCUCAUCGAGGUGAACGGGCAGAAUGUGGUCAAGGUCGGCCACAGGCAGGUGGUCAACAUGAUCCGACAGGGGGGCAACAGCCUGAUGGUGAAGGUCGUCAUGGUGGCACGAAACCCAGAGCUUGAAGACACCACCAGGAAGAGAGCACCCCAGCAGACUAAGAGACUGACCCCUCCUGCCAUCGCCUUGCGCUCCAAGUCCAUGACAUCAGAGCUGGAAGAGAUGGUGGACAAAGGUGUGGAAAUGUCAACAUUGUGUCCCCUAGUUGUUUUUAUGUCCUUCAUCCCAGUCCCUGUCCUCUCAUCAGCUCUCACGCCAUCACAUGUGUCACGUGACCAGUAUAGUGUAUCUGCCUCUCCAUGGAAAAAGAAAGCAGAGUAUGAACCAUCCCAGGGUCCUGAUAAGAAGAGGACAGUCUAUCAGAUGGCACUGAAUAAGCUGGAUGAAAUCUUGGCUGCUGCCCAACACACGAUUACACCGGACAGCCAGGGACAGAGGGGUCAUGGGGGCAAGAGGGACAGGGGCAAGAAUAUUGCCCCCAUCACACCCAACGAGCUAACUUACGAUCAGCAAUCUUCAAUGAGUAUGAUGCAGACUGGACCUAGUUAUGGCUACAACCAAGCUUACUACCAGCCGGGACAGGGGCCUCAACAUGCUGUUAUGAUGCGUCAAAAAUCCAUCGGUGCAAUGGAGGAGGAGAGGGGAUUUCUUCACCCACCCACCAUGAAGCUGUCCCGGAGCCUCUCGGUACCAGGGCCUGAGGAAAUCCCUCCACCCCCAAACACAUCUGCCCCAGAGCCGCCCCUAUCUGCAGGUCCUUAUACUGGUAGAGGCCCUGCCAUGCCCAUACCCCCUGUCUCCCAACCUCACUACCAGCAUCAUCCCCAGGCAGGACAUCCCACUCAAGCAGGCUGGGACAGAGGAGGACCAGGGGGCAUGGUUCCCACCCUUCGUCGACAAUCAGAAGGACUUGUCCGAGAGCAAGAACCUCCAAAAAGAGGCGGUGGGAAAAUGGGCGGGUUAAGGAGAGGAUAUAGUAGUGCUACACCACCAACAAGUGCUAAGCCUAAACCCCAACCAGUGCCACAGCACCCACAAAUGGGUAGCAGAGAACAGCCAGCGGCAGCAGGGAGAGGCGGAGCCAGGAGAGGGGGACGCGGUGCUCUGAUGAAACAAUCAAAAGUGGAGGAUGGCGUUCGACAGCAUAGACCUAAAGGUGGGGCUCCUAAAGAGAAGAGUUCUAUCCCAAUACCUACAAUCAUUGUAAAAGCCCCAUCCACAAGCAGCAGUGGGCGCAGCAGUCAGGGGAGCAGCAUGGAAGCGGAGCAGUCUCAGGAUGCAGAGGACCCCCCUUCUCCCUCCAUGGACAACACAGCAGACAGUCCCAACAACAGCCUGCCUCAGCCGCUCACCACAUCACCACAACCACCAACAUCCACGGCAACGCCUUCAUCAAUCGCUCCUACUGUUACACCCCAACAAAAUGUGGAAGACUUAGACUACACAGCUUCUUUUGGGACAUCAUAUGGAGGUUUGGGGAGUGGUAGAGGGGGCGAUGGGGCAGGAGCGCGCAAGGAGCGGGAACGAUUUCGAGACAUGAGGAGAAAAAGUGCUUCUUUUUUCCUGUCGUCUGAGGAGGAUAUCCAAGGAGAGGCCGGUGGAGGUGAUGUAGGUGGACAGUAUGGGGGCAGGAUUCAGCCUUUACAUGGCUCUCAAAUGGAUGUGCCUAUGCCUAGAUUAAGGCCCUCGAAAUCUAUUGACGAGGGGAUGUUUUCCGGAGAUAACUAUGUAAACUACUCCAGCAGUAUGCCCCCUGCUUUUGGAUUACCAGAGUAUUCCUCACCGAUUCUCAGUCAUGACGGCCAGCCCAAGUCAGCUCCCUCGAUGUAUGGUCAUCAGCAUACUACUACGUUUAUCCAUCCACUGACUGGUAAAGUAUUGGACCCCUCAUCACCACUUGGUUUGGCAUUGGCGGCAAGAGAAAGGGCCUUGAAGGAUGACCGUCGGACACGACGUGAUGAUAGAUAUUUUGGUCGUCAGAUGUCCACAGUUGGAUCGUUUACCACCCCCAUUCAAACCCCAACCCCUUCACUUUUUGCAACCCCUACUCAAUCAACAUAUACUUCUCCAGUUUCAAUGCAUCUAACGUCACCUACAGCCACCACCUCGCCGGCAUCGCUCAGUCGACCCCAGUCACCAAGGAUAUUGCGUUUGGGAGGUGGAGAAAGGGUGGAGAGAGAGAAGGAAGGAGGACCACGAGAGGGUCUCAGAGUUCGCUUCUCAGAGGACAGAACCAGCCAGUAUUCGCCGCAGUAUUACCCUACCCCAAAGGAGAAAGAGGUGUACAACAACAGGCCUGUAUCCAUUGUGCAGCCACCCCCACCACCAAGUCAGCCAGCCCCAUGCAGACCCUCAUUUCUUCAAUUUGACAGUUCUCACACUAGCUACAUCCCUCAAUACACUGUCCCUUCAGCUCCAUCACAUGACAGUGCGAGCAGGGGAGUGGCAGGACAGUCCCAAGAAGGUCUAGGACUUAUGGUUCUCCCUCCACCCGCUCCGUCAAUAGAUGCAGAAGAUGAAUUUGUCUUUGCUGACCCGUUACCCCCACCACUUCAGUUUGCUAAUGGUAAACAUGAGAGGGGUAUACCACAUCAUGGGCAAAACAUCACUGGUGUCCCUCAUCCACCUCCUCCAGCCAAAAAUACCUCUCAGACCACUUCACAAGGGGACUCAGCCACAUCCAGUUUAACCUCGUAUGACAGCGAAGUGGCCAACCUCACACAGUCCGCUCUGUCACCGUCUUACCCUUCGCCCCACAUAUUUCCACCUACAACCACAGCCCCUACAAGCUCUGCUGCUCCAACAUCAGUGCACAGGCCACAGCCCAUGUCCCAGUCCCUGCCAUAUUACAGUAGCUCCAAUGACCCGUCUAUAAGUGAACAAAGCCUGCCUCAAGACAGAGGUACUGCUGUCCUCACCACAACCAUGACAUACGCAACUACCACUAUGACUGCAACUACAGCAGCCACUACUACUACAACCUCCCCUACAACCACUGACUACAGCAUGACAGGGCCCAAAGUUGGCAUUGCCCCAGGAGGUAAAGCUGCUGACCAGCCACAUCAUGCCAACACAAUUCAUAAGAGCGGAGAUUGGCAGGAUGCAGUGGUGGACUCUGGUAUAGAGGAGCUGGACAGUCACAGCAGUAGUGACCAUCAUUUGGAGAUGCUGGGUUUAUCUGGACUGAGGGGUGACAGAGGAGGGGCAGUGGGAGAAACAGAAAAGGUUUCUGAGAAUCAGGAUCUUUGCACAGCCUACUCAGGUGGGCAAACAUUUGAUGUUCUCAAUGCUAAACUGGCAAACCCUGCAUUUCCAAAGAUGACUCAUUACAAAGAAGGGGGAGGGAGGGGUCCAUCAGUUGCACUUCGGCGGCAGAAUAGUACCAAUCCUGCUCCAUUGCAGCUGCACAGACAAGUAAAUCCUGAAGAUUCUAGGUUUGACGGGGUUUUCCCAGAUGCAAGAGGAAAACAAGGCAGGUCCAAAAUGGAGGAUGGCUUUAGUACCACUUUGGCAGCAUGUUUAGAGAGGCCCAUGGACACUCGGCAGGUGAGCUGGGUUGAUCUGGAGGCGCAUGAACAGGGAAGGAUCCAGAGAGGAGCCAUGGCCAUGGACAGCCGUAGACUACACUCACCUCUGUCUGGGGUGAAGGCAAACAUCAUCAAUGAACUCAGCUCCAAGCUGCAGCAGAUGAGCGGUAUGAAGAGCAUGGACGACUGGAGCCAGUCUCCCAAGUCACCUACCAUGAACAGAUAUUCUGCAGAUUUCUCAGAUGCCUUUCACAGUCCUCCAAUUGGUCGCUCCACUUCACCUUUACCAACGUCCUCACCACAGCACCGUCAGAUUCUUGCCCCUAACCUGGCUGCCUCCCCCUCCGUCUCCCCCACGCCUCAAGUACCAGUGCAGAGGAACUGGACUCGUUCUCCAUCCCCACAGAUGCCCACAUCCCCGGUUCACUCUCACCCUCCACAUUCUCCCACGUACUGCCCUUAUCCCACAUCACCAAAGCACCGCUCCAAAAUGCGCAGGCAGACUUUUGAUUUCCAGUGCAGCCCCACAAAGGAGAUGCGGUCAUCAGUUUCUCGCCGUCGGGCCCCUAGUCCUCUUAUCUACAACACAGAACAGCAAAAUCCUGCUCCACCUAGGCCCUCUUCACUCCCCAUACUCCCCAGCACACCUGUUUACACUGGCCCCUUCGACUUCCCUGGGCCACUCACCCCACCCUCCCCCGGUCUCCCUCUUGGAGACCCCUACCAGGCCUCAACACCACCACUGUACUCACCGUCAGGGAUGCAGAGUCCAAACCCACUGUUAGUGUCCCGUUCCCUAUCACCCACUCAUUUUCUCUCUGGGGCAUCUUCCCCUCUGCACCUGCCCCCCAGUCCAUCAUGCCUCAACUUCCCCCACCUCACCCCACCACCACCAGCGAAACCCUUUGCUGUGAAACCCCUGCCCUACUGGACCAAGUACGAUGUUGCCGACUGGCUGACGUACUUGAACCUGGGUGAACACAGGGAGCGUUUUAUAGACAAUGAGAUUGACGGGUCACAUCUACCUUCGCUAACAAAAGACGACUUCUUGGACCUGGGGGUGACGAGAGUGGGCCACCGCAUGAACAUCGAGCGGGCACUGAAGAAGCUCACAGACAGGGUACCCAGUUCUCCCAUGCAUGUCACUACUUCUCCCCAAGACACAGACUGAGGGGGGACCUUUAAGAUGAAUCAAAGGGAAUUAUUAUUAUAAACAGAGGCAUACAGUGUCAAAGGAUGUACCAGAGAAGAAAAGUGGACUUCAACAGGACAAAGGGCUGCUAAUAUGCCAUACACCGAUAAUGCAGUCAUAUAUUUUGAGAUAUGAAAAUUGUGUGUCAAAUGGAAGAAAUACUUGGACACCAUUUUGUGCUAUCAAAACAAACUUAUACAUGCACUUCUAUAUUCACAUCCAGUAACAGAUGGACUGUCACACCAUCUGCUGUAAGAAAACUCUUGUCAUAGUUCAAGAAAGAGUCAAAAAGUUGCUGCUCGAAAUCCACCACUGACUCUCAACUUAUUUGGCCACAAACUGUCGUGAAACAAUGCGUUUUACACCAAACAUCUGUUUUGUAGCUUUAAGCACAUCUGAGAUUCGAAUGGCUGUAAGCAAUGGAUUCAUGGUCAAAAUAUGACAACAAAGACUGUUUGUAAAUGAUGGCUAAAAUGAUAAUAGAAUCAUAGUAUUAUUCAUUAUACGCAUAUUGCCCAAAUUAAUGCUCCGGCUAUUUAUGUGCGUCUUUUGCCUUAGUAUAUCUAUGUUCAAUGGUAUCCACAAGCCACUUGUUUGUACUGUGCUGAUUGCAGUCUCUGGUCAGGGUAUUUUUACAGUAUAUGUAUAGAAUUCACAAAGUCACCAUUAGACAAUAACCAUAUUUUCUACAUACAAUCAUGAGAAAGCAAAGUGAGAGAGGAAAUAUGUGCACAUUAUUUCAAGUGCAAGUUUGGCCAUAGCACUGGGUGAUAAAUCUCUGAUGCCAUAACAUGGAGUGCUGUGUGCUGGCAGCAGGUGCAGUGAUCAUAAAAGGGCUUUCUUCUGCUUCUUCUGUCUGACCAACCUCCUCACUCUCUGUGUCUGACGCUGUGUCUGCCUUGGUGGCCAAAUGCUUUACUCAACUUACAUUAUUUGUAACGCCUUUGAUGAAACAUGUAAAUGAUGGUCCAAAAACAUAAUUUCACCGAAAGAUAAUCCUUAUACCUCACACUUUUGCCCAAAAUAAAUAUAUCCUUUUUCUAUACCCCAGUUUUGGAAGAGAUACGUUAAAGAAUUACAUGUAAACAUUAGCUAUUUAUCACUGGCUUCAAAUAUGAGGCGAGAAUCCUUCAUUUAUAGAUCUACAGUAUAUUUAUUCAUGCUGACAAUUACAACAUAAAUAUCAUAGUAUAUUAUAAUUACUAUAUUAAGUACGUAAACCUUUUUAAGAAUCUUUGUCUUCCAAUACGUGUGGACAAAUUCUCUUAAGAUAAGUUUUUUAUUUCUUUUUUGCUUUUUUCCAAUGCUUUCUAUACUGCUCGCACUGUUGUAACCCUGAUGUAUCCCAUAAUGCAUCUCCCUCAACAUGACUGUGAGUGAAUGGACACUACCCUGGCACAAUAGGACUGAGCAGUAGUGUAGAAAGCAUUACAAAUUAGGUCUAGUGAAAUGCAUAAUGAAUGCAACAACAAACAAUAUGACCAUAAGUAUGCAGAGAUUAAAGUAUAUAAAUAAAUGAAUAUAUAAAGUUUUGUUUUAUUAAAAUACAGUAUAUAAAAUGAUGAAUAUUAUGA